CAGGUCAACCCCGCUUGUGAGCUACGCCGAACUCUAAGCCUUUAUCACUACCUGUUCACCCACAAAUUUCGUCUGAUUUCGGAUCAAGGAAAAAGACUUUUCGAAGAAAGUAUUUCAACUUGUUGAGCAGACUGGGCGCAGGAAUUUAUCAGCGCAAAAUUGACCAAGCAGAGUAUACUUACUAUUCUCUUGCUGUUGUUAUCGUCGCUCAAUCAAACCUCGGGUUUCGAAUUCUUGAUUUCGUAAAAGACAAACUAUUAUACAGCAUCUACUACGCAACCAUUACUUUCAUUGGACUACAUACUUACAUUUCGCCCAUCAACACCAGCCCAGCUGCUGUCUCGCUCACUCGAACCCCUUCCUCAGGGGCAAACUUUUCAUCUGUCCCGAUAACUGAACGCCUGGAGACACGAGAACGUUCCUGUUUCUUACGACAAAAACGUUCCUGUUUUUUCUAGGCUACGAGAGAAAUCGUUCCUGUUUCUUCUCCACCAACCAUGAAGCCUCGGGCGUGGAUCAUCGUGACCUUGAUCUUUAUCGCUCUUGCAGCUGCAUUGCAGAUUGGGGGCGUGGUCGCACCUAUGUGGGUAUGGCUUGAAGACGACAACUUCAACGUAGGAGUUGGGUUAUUCUUCCGUGUGGGCUGUGAGACGGCGUGCAUCAAUGCAAGCUUCAACUAUUUAGAUGUCAACACCAGAGACCGUACUUAUUGGAUUCACUUAAUCUGGCUUGAAACCCUAGCCGCCUGUCUCGCAAUCCUGCUCAUCGUCAUGAUGAUGGUCUACCUGUGUGGAUUCGGGCGCUGGAAGAUGUCGGGGCUCAACACCACUAUGGUUGUCACAGCUUUGCUGGCUU